AAGUCAUAACAAUUGUUUACUCAAAAAUAUUGCUUGGUUUUCAAUCAAAGUAUUGAUUUGAAUUUAUUUCUUGCACUGUUGCUAAUGAUAUCGCCGUUGAUUUUUUUUGUUUAUUAACAACUAAUUUAUUUUUCUCUCAGCCAUGAUUUUCAUUUUUAAAAUGGAUUUUUCUCAAAGCAUUUUUGUAUGGAUGUUCAUAGAAUAUAUUUAUGGAAGCGAUUUAGACAACACUUCAGUCGAAACAAGUGAAUUUGAAGCUUAUACAUCAUAUGACGUUGGUUUUUCAUCAUAUUCAACAUUUCUAACAUAUACAGAUGUUUCAAACGCAACAGCUUUAGAAACAGUUCAACAAUCUAUUCUGCAAAACACUCAAGUAAAUAAUGAAGCAAAUGAAUUUGAAACAUUUACGUUGCGUGAUUUUGGUUUUUCAUUAUAUUCAACCUUUCUUACACAUUCAGAUGUUUCAAACACAAUGACUUUACCAGCAGUUCAGCAAUCUAUUCUGCAAAACAUUCAAGUAAAUAAUAAAGUAAAUCAAUUUGAAUUAUAUACGUCGCAUGAACUUGGUUUUUCAUCAUAUUCAACCUUUCUUACACAUUCAGAUGUUUCAAACACAAUGACUUUUCAAGCAGUUCAGCAAUCUAUUCUGCAAAACACUCAAGUAAGUAAUGAAGCAAAAGAAUUUGAAACAUAUACGUCGCAUGAACUUGGUUUUUCAUCAUAUUCAACUUUUCUUAUAAAUUCAAAUGUUUCAAACACAAUGACUUUACAAGCAGUUCAUCAAUCUAUUCUACAAAACACUCAAGUAAAUACUAAUAAAAGCAGCGAAUUUACAAAAUUAAAUUUAUUUCAAGUAGUCACAGCUGCAGAUCAAAAUGCAAGUGAUGCUUUAAGCUCAACUAUAAUGCAAACUAAAAAUAAUGCCUAUUUAAUAAAUUUGAUGCAGAAUAUAUCAUUAAACUUAAGUCCAGUUUCUAGAAUUUUAUCAACGACAGAGAUUUUAAAUAAAAAUAUACUUCAAAUGGAAACAAAUGUUGAUAGUUUAACGUUAUCUAUAAAGCUUGCAACUUUUAAUUUAGGAUCACUUAAUCUUGCUCUUUUUCCGCAGUCUGCUACACCUACACCAUCAACACUAUUCUCACCUACACCAUCAACACUAUUCUCACCUACACCAUCUACACUAUCUACACCACCAUCUACACCACCUACACCACCUACACCAUCAGCACUUUUAUCUAUAAGUUCAAAAAGUUUAAAGGUAUUUAGUGAUUGGUCCAUAACAAGUAGUUAUGCAAGUACUAAAUUUUUAUCUGAAAUCCCAUUUUUAGAGGUUUCAGAUACCAAAGUUGGUAAUGUAACAUUAUUGAUCACAUCUUCAAAAUCAUCAUCUUUUAUAGAAUAUAGUGAAUUGCCUGUAUAUUCUUUAAAUAAUAAUAACCAUUCUCGAACGGACAAUGAUUUAAAUGUAACAAACCUAACUUCAAACUUAAUUCAACAGGUUUCUCCCUCAGAAAUUUCUAUCUCAUCUGUAAUUAAUCAAAUGAUAUUUACAUCGUCCAUUUUCUCUGUACCCACAGAUACUUAUCCCUAUCAUUCGUAUAACACGCUAUUAUCGACGAAUACUCCAACAAUAAACGUAACAAAGGUAUUUAAAGUGGUUUAUUAUUGUGAUUUUGAUGAGACCAUCGCUGCUUUAGGUGGCUUUUUACCAGCUCAAAAUAUAUUUUGCAAGCAAUGGUUAUUUGUAAACUUAUCGGUGUCAGUCAAUUGUUCUAUUUUUAAAGGAAGCAUUGUUGUUGUUAUUCAAACGACAGGAUCAGAAUCUGCUCACGAACAGUUUAAAAACUUGGUCAUUAGUUUCAUAACUAACGGAAAUUUAAAUGUGAAAAUAAACAACGAUUCAGUAAAACCUGACCAAGAUUCAUUUUUAAUUGAUGGAAUAAAAUUGUUUGUAAAUAACGAAACACUCAAACAUGGCGGAUCUGAUGGUCGUUCUUAUACUGCAAUUGUUGUGCCAAUUAUUAUAGCUAUUGCAUGCAUUGUAAUUAUUAUCGUCGUUUUUGUUUCCAAACGGAAAAUAUGGAAG